ACAUCAACAAUUCGGGCCAAGGCGGAGUGCCGUUCUGGCCAAACCGUUAGCUAAGCUGUCACGCACAUUGCACAUAUAUAUAUAUAUAUAUAUAUAUAUAUAUAUUUCUUAAAAUAAAUUUGUGAUUUCCGCAUCGCUAUUAUGUCAUUAUUUGGCAAGAUAUUUGGUGGUGGGGGGAAAGGAGGAAAGGGACCGAGCCCACAGGAGGCGAUUCAGAAACUCCGAGAGACAGAGGAGAUGCUGCAGAAAAAGCAGGAAUUUCUAGAGAAAAUGAUUGACCAGGAGCUGCUCACCGCAAAGAAAAAUGGAACAAAAAACAAACGAGCGGCUCUGCAAGCUUUGAAACGAAAGAAGCGCUACGAAAAGCAGCUGGCCCAGAUUGACGGCACGCUUUCCACCAUUGAAUUCCAGAGAGAGGCUCUGGAGAAUGCCAACACCAACACUGAAGUGCUCAAGAACUUGGGAUUUGCUGCCCAGGCCAUGAAGUCGGCUCAUGAAAACAUGAACAUUGACAAGGUGGAUGACCUGAUGCAGGACAUCACAGAACAGCAGGAGCUUGCCCAAGAGAUCUCCGAUGCCAUCUCCAAACCUGUUGGAUUUGGAGAGGAGUUUGAUGAGGAUGAGCUGCUGGCAGAGCUGGAUGAGCUGGAACAGGAGGAAUUGGACAAGAAUCUGCUGGAGAUUGCCGGGACAGAAAAUUUCCCACUACCCAAUGUGCCUUCCACUUCAUUACCCUCCAGACUCACCAAGAAGGAGAAGGAAGAGGAUGAGGAUGAUAUGGAGGAUUUACAGCGCUGGGCAAUGGAAGCCAUGUAGAUACAACCCAACCGCAUCACACUUGUAUGAGAGAGAGAAAGAGUGAAUGAAUGGACGUCUCGGAUAUUGAGUCCAGAUGUUUUGUGUGUAUGAGGAGAGCUGUCCGUCCUGUAAAUGUAACACUACAAAAAAAAGCAAAAAUACUGUAUACUGAGUUUUUGUCCUCUCCCCUCCUUAACCCAAAUCCAGAGAAGGGACCCUGUGUUCUUGACAGGUAAAAGAGCAUGUCAGGGUCUUUUAUACUGAAGUUAAACAUAUAGCUUGACAAAAUAACUUUUUUUAGCCUUCAUUUGAAUGCAACAAUAGCACUCCAUGGCUCACAUGCAGGAUAGAGCUGUCACACUUUAGCUACAGAAAUCAUACUUUACAGAAUAAUAAAAUGUAAUGUUAUGGAUUUUGCUUUGCAAACAUCGAAUCAUCAUUGCCAGACUAUGGUCCUGUGUUUUAAUGUUGUUAACAUCAGUUGCAGGGAAAUUUCAUUGUAGUUGAGUUCACAAAGGCAUCUGUGUUUGACACACAUAUUUCUGUUUGUCACACAUAUUUCUGUUUGUCUGUCACUUGCCUGUUUGAGCUCGCUUAAUGAUUUAGGUUUAUUUUUCUUUUGACAAAAAUGAAAAUGUUACUUGCUUCCCUUUUUUGUUAAUUGCUCCCAAAAAUAGAAUGACAACUGAGCAUGCUCUGUUUUCCAGAACUGGUUUUCUGAACUUGUUUCUAUUUCAGGCUCUAUGCUUUAACCCCUCUCCCUUUUUUCCUCAUGUCAGCAUUUCAAUGACCUCUAUCUACCCCAACAGUGUUUCUUGAUAUUUAAUGUAAAUAUCCCAAGUCAUUUGUUUUGUUUCCUUUUUAACAUCAGUAUUUCUGUUACUUAAGUGUUUCUCUUGAUGAGUGAAGCAUGCAGCAGUGGGAAGUCAUAAUGAAGAUUCUCACAGCACUACUAAAGGAAGAGAGAUAUAUUAACCUCACACUGUCAUCCCAUUGUCUGUCUGGUCUGGGUCAUUUACUCAAAGUUUAUUUUAUUUUGAGUUGUAAAAUGUUUAUAAAAAACAUGAGUAUUUCACACUCCCACAUGUUAACUGCAUCAAAAAGACAAAGGUUUAUAUAAGGUUAGGUUAUUAAAUGUUUCCGUUAAGCAUUUUGCAUUUCAGGUUUUACAGUUUUUUUUUCAAAAACAAGAAAUACGAUGUACAUUUUUACAUAAGAAAAAAUAUGUUAAACAAGGGUGGAUAAGCACGUUUACAUUUCUAUGUUUUAUUUA